GACGUGAUGACGUGCGGCCGGGGCGUCCCGGCGAAGGCCGCGCACGCAGCGUCGGUUCCCCAAGAUGGCGGCGGCCAGCGGCAGCGAGACGGGGUGCGGCGAGGCGGCGGCGGGCGGGAAGCGGGGCCCCCUGGGCAUCCCCGAGGCCGUCUUCGUGGAAGAUGUAGAUUCCUUUAUGAAACAGCCUGGAAAUGAGACAGCAGAUGUAGUUCUUAAGAAGUUGGAUGAGCAGUAUCAGAAGUAUAAAUUUAUGGAACUUAAUCUUGCUCAGAAGAAAAGGAGGCUAAAAAGUCAGAUUCCUGAAAUUAAACAGACAUUAGAAAUUUUAAAACACAUGCAGAAGAAAAAGGAAUCCACAAAUCCAAUGGAAACCAGAUUUUUAUUGGCAGAUAAUCUGUACUGCAAAGCUUCAGUUCCUCCUACAGAUAAAGUUUGUUUGUGGUUGGGGGCCAAUGUGAUGCUUGAAUAUGAUAUUGAUGAAGCUCAGGCUCUGUUAGAGAAGAACUUGUCAACAGCCACAAGAAACCUUGAUUCUCUAGAGGAAGACCUGGAUUUUCUUAGAGACCAGUUUACCACUACAGAAGUCAAUAUGGCUAGAGUUUAUAAUUGGGAUGUAAAGAGAAGAAACAAGGAAGACCCUUCCAAAAAUAAAGCAUAGUUUUGGCAAUUUUAAAUGUGGUUUCAAUUUCCAAAUAUUUUUUAUUUAAACACCCCCAGAGUUCAUUCUUAAGGGACUGAGUUACUUUAAUCAUUUCAGUAAAUGGUAAAAUAUAUAAGAAUAAAAACAAUGGUGAGCACCAUUUUAUUUAUUUGUAAACUCAAAAUUUGGUUUCGUGCAUGCUUCAUGAAAUUACGAAUUAUUUGAAGACACCGCACAGUCUAGCAAAGGACAUAGCAUUUUGAUGAGACCAGUCUGUCAUAAGUAAAUUUCUGCCUGAAAGUUUGAAAAGGUGAGGUGCAAGUAUGAAAUUGGCUCUGACACUUUAGCAGGUUAUUGAAGAGUUUACUCUUUCAUCUCUGUUAUGUGCAGUUGAUGAAGCUGAAAUCAACUUGGGCUGGGAAGACAUGCAGCUAAUGUUUUAGUAAACAGAACAAGUACAGUGAAGUCUUGGAUUUUGUUUCAGUCAAUUACUUCUUUGGCAGCAUAAACCUACAAGCAUUCCUGGGUAUCUAUCCACUUGGGAUAAACUUGAUUUUAAUAAUUACAGGUUAGUUAACUGUCUGUUACUGAACUCUCAGCACUUUACCUGCAACAGUUUGUGACUUGUCUUCAGAAAAGAAUGGUGGAGUAAACAGCACAAGCUAUGUCGAGACUGCAGGUGAUCUCACCCCGUUCUUUUUCAUACACAUGCCAACACUGCUUAUUUUUGCAAAUGUGUUGAACAAGGACACCAAAAUGCUGAUAGCCUGUAAACAAGAAAACCCCCAUGUACGAUCCCUUAGACAGAUGUCCAGUUAAAAUGUCUUAACGCUCUCAGCCUCCUAGGUGGUGAAACCUGUAUUAACAUACGAAUGGUCUCCUGAAGUACUUCUUCUGGUGUUAACAGGUGGAGUAUUUCUUUGGUUAUUAUGAAGCCUUGCAAGAUUGUUGCCUUUUACCUCUGCAGUUUCUUUCUAAAAUGAAAUGCUCAGUGGUGAUGUCAGUGGCUAGUAUUCACACUCUGUGACUUAGAAUACAGGUUUCGCUACAAAAUAAAUGCAGAUGUUAACUGUUCAAUCUUCAUGUAAUAAACAAUAUACCUGUAAAGUUUUUGUACUUUUAUUUCAUGAUAUUAAAAUAGUAAAACUAAA